UCUGCCUUGGGGGCUGGGUAGUAAAAAGCAAAAGGAGUGACUAGGCUGCGCUUCAGCCACUCUUUGCUUGAUUUUGUCUCCGCAAACUUCUGUGUCGCAACCUCCAGCACAGCCAUUGAUUGUACACAGCUCUGCAUCUAGGGGGAUGUGGUGCCAUAAGUUGUUGCACCUACAAAGCAGGCUGCAGAAUUUGAUGAAGAGAGGAGACAUAGGUCAAGCUCUUCACCUGUCCAACUUUAAAAGUUUAUUUUCCUUAUCCACCCAUUGGCGCCAUACAUCUUCCAAGUCUGUGAAUUGUACUUGGCUCCAACAUGAAGAUCAUUUGGAGCUGCAAUAUGCUAAUGCUGUAAUGCGCUUUGAUUAUGUCUGGCUUCGAGACCACUGCCGCUCAGCAUCGUGCUAUAAUUCUAAGACUCAUCAACGGAGCCUGGAUACUGCCAGUGUGGAUUUAUGUAUCAAGCCAAAGACCAUUCGCCUGAAUGAAUCCACACUCAUCUUCACUUGGCCAGAUGGUCAUGUGACUAGAUAUGAUCUGGAUUGGCUGGUGAAAAAUAGCUAUGAAGGGCAGAAACUAAAGGUAAUCCAACCUAGAAUAUUAUGGAAUGCUGAACUCUAUCAGCAAGCCCAAGUUCCAGCUAUAGAUUUCCAGAGUUUAUUAGAAACAAACGAUGAACUGAAGAAGUUUCUGCAGAACCUUCUGCUAUAUGGAAUUGCAUUUGUAGAAAAUGUCCCUCCCACUCAAGAGCAUACAGAGAAGUUGGCGGAAAGGAUCAGUUUAAUCAGAGAAACCAUCUAUGGAAGGAUGUGGUAUUUCACUUCAGAUUUUUCCAGAGGUGACACUGCCUACACCAAGCUAGCUCUAGAUCGGCACACUGACACUACCUACUUUCAAGAGCCCUGUGGGUACAACAACUAUGACCGGGCUGUCAUCAACACUGUUCCUUAUGAUGUUGUUCAUCGUUGGUAUACAGCACACCGAACCCUAACAACUGAAUUGAGAAGGCCUGAGAAUGAGCUUUGGGUCAAACUGAAGCCUGGAAAGGUACUGUUUAUAGACAAUUGGUGA